AUGAAUAAAGAAAAAUGCGAAUUCUUUCAAGACGAGAUCGAAUUUUGCGGAUACGUGAUAAACAAGUAUGGGUUGCAUAAGAGUAAGAAAAAAAUGGAGGCGAUUAAAAACAUGCCUCGACCUCAAAAUGUAAAUGAAGUCCAAUCUUUCAUUGGUUUUGUAAGGUAUUAUAGCCAUUUUAUUCCAAAUGCAAGUAAUCUAUUACAACCGUUACAUAGAUUAUUACAAAAGGGGAUUAAAUUCAAGUGGUCAAAGGAAUGCGAUAAGGCAUUUUUACGAGUCAAAAAUGAGUUCAUGAGCGACAAAUGCCUUACCUUUUACAACCCAAACUUACCAUUAAUUCUAGCAACCGACGCUAGUCCUACAGAAGUCGGUGCGGUAUUAUCUCAUAAAUUCCCCGACGGAACUGAGAGACCAAUUAUGUGGAUUUCACAAUGUUUAAACAGUACACAAAGAAAAUGUGCUCAAAUCGACAAGGAAGCAUAUGCUAUUGUUUUCGUGGUAAAGAAAUUACAUAAAUAUUUGUAUGGGAAUAAAUUUACGCUCAUUACGGAUCAUCGCCCAUUAACGCAAAUAUUUUCUUUAAAGAAUAGUCUACCGACUUAUAGUGCAUUACGUAUGCAACACUACGCAAUUUUUUUACGAGCAUACAAUUACGAUAUCGUUUACAAACGUUCAGAAAACAACAGCAAUGCUGACGGAUUGUCAAGAUUGCCAAUUCCAAUCGAAAAGGGAAAUGUAGAUGUGAUAGACAUAUUUUACGCUGAUACGUUACAGACUUUACCAAUAUCAGCGGAUUUAUUACGUUCUGAAAUUAGAAAAGAUCAGGAAAUAUACAAAGUAGUUGAAGCCUUACAUGCAGGUAAACAACUACGUGCGAAAGAUACCUGGAAUAUCGAUCCGAGAGAAUUUAGUCUAGAACAAGAUGUACUUGUCAGAAACCAAAGAAUCGUUAUUCCGAAAACGUUAAGAAACAAAGUUUUGCAAGAAUUACAUGUAGGACACUUUGGUAUUGUACGUAUGAAGGCGCUUGCAAGAGGACAUUGUUGGUGGCCUAACAUCAAUUCUGAAAUCGAACACUUAGUUCGAAAUUGUACCAAUUGCUUGGUGAAUCAACAUCGCCCUCCGGGUGUUGAAAAACAUAUUUGGGAACCGCCAGCAGGACCUUUCGAGCGCGUCCAUAUAGAUUACGCGGGACCAUUCCGAGACAGAUACUUUCUGAUUCUGGUGGAUGCAUAUACCAAGUGGCCUGAGGUUCAUAUUACACGAGGAAUGACAUGUAAAGAAACGAUUACUGUUUGCAAAAGAAUAUUUUCAACAUUUGGCAUUCCAAAUAUUCUAGUAUCUGAUAAUUAUUCUACUUUUAAAUCGGACGAUUUCUCAGAUUUUACAAAGAAGCUAGGAAUUAUACAUAAAUUUACAGCUCCGUAUUUUCCUUCAACAAACGGACAGGCGGAACGCUACGUACAAACGAUCAAAGAAUCGUUAAAGAAAAUGAAUAACCAUGGAGACUUCGAGAAUGACCUCCAGGAUAUACUUUUGCAAUAUAGAAUUACGCCGCAUACUGUUACAGGUGUAUCGCCUGCGCAAUUAAUGUUUAAGCGAGAUAUACGAUCUAAGUUAGAUUUAAUGAAACCAUGUUUACGUAAAGUUAAGGAAUUUACUUUUAACGAAAAUAAGAAAAUACGUGAAUUUAAGUUAAACCAAAGAGUCGAAGCGAGAAACUACGGUGCCAGCGAAUUAUGGCUUGUCGGGAGAGUUACUGAGCGCACAGGUAGACUACAUUAUAAAAUUACUCUAGACGACGGUAGAGUAUGGUUGCGCCAUGCAAAUCAAAUACGCAGCAUAGGCGAUGAUGUUCCUACGUCUACAUCUAACAACGAUGACGAUUAUAAUGUACCCCUCAGGGAACAAAUCAAUGUUUAUCGGCCAGCGAUAGAACAUGAAGCUGAGAGUAGAAGCACUUCACUCAGUUCAAACGCAAGUUCGAACCAUAGAACAGUGAACACGCCAACAGACCCUGUACCAGCCGAUAGAGGAAGUGGAAGCGCUAGGCCCAGAAGACAAACUUCGUUGCCGAUACCUUUCAGAGAUUUUGUUAUGAAUCAGUCAUGA